GAGAAGGAUACUUCAGUCAUUCUAUCAAAUUUGAAGCGUUGAGCUGUAAGCUGCUUUGUUUGCUUAACUUAACCCGAUCCUGCUUGCCUCUCUCAUACAGCGGCGAUGUAUCUAUAACUAGAGAUCACUGAAAUCAAAAUUAUGGCUUCCAAACCCCAAUUUCUUCUGAUAUUCAUUUCCCUUUCAAGAAAUCAACUCAUUUAUAUGUAGACAAUUUCUUUUUUUGGGAGUGAUCUGAUGGCGGCGACGACAAUGGCCACGGCGGCUGGGACUAUAGUGCUUCUGUAUUACGUUCUGAGCCGGAGGCUAUCUUCCGCCGCAGGGGACGCAACGGACACCGGAGGUGAUAUCUCGAUAUCAAAGAGUCGAUCUGUGAAGAAACGGCUGGUUAGGCGGCCAGUUCAAGCCCCUGCUACAUGGCUCGAGACGAUCUCCACUCUUUCAGAGACUCUGAGGUUUACGUAUUCAGAAACUCUCGGAAAAUGGCCGAUUGGUGACCUUGCUUUUGGAAUUAAAUAUCUAAUUCGAAGGCAGGGUAAUUUACAAGUUGCAAGUGUAUAUGGAGGAGAAAAAUGCUUGCAACUAAAGGGCCCUGAAAUUAUUGAUCAGUUGUAUCAUUAUUUACGAUUGUUGACCCUUUGCAUGCUGUUCUCCAAAAAACCUUUUCAAGUAUUUUUGGAGUCUGCAGGAUACUCUGAUGUAGAUGUCCUUCUUCAGAAGCCCAAAGCAGGACUCCUGAAGCCUGCCUUCACAAUUUUGCGUGAUGAAAACUCGAAGUGCUUCCUUCUCUUGAUUCGGGGAACUCAUAGCAUUAAAGAUACAUUGACUGCAGCGACAGGUGCAGUGGUCCCUUUUCACCAUUCAGUUUUGCACGAUGGUGGUGUAGGCAAUUUAAUUUUGGGAUAUGCACAUUGUGGGAUGGUUGCUGCUGCUCGAUGGAUAGCAAUCAGCAUAGAUAACAAGGAUGGGGCCUUAGUAUCUUCACAAAGAUUUGCUGUUUCAUUCCAGAUUGUUGGUCAUUCACUUGGUGGCGGUACAGCUGCCCUACUGACAUAUAUUCUUCGGGAACAGAGUGAAUUAUCUGCGAUCACCUGUGUCACUUUUGCACCAGCUGCUUGUAUGACAUGGGAGUUGGCAGAGUCCGGAAAACGCUUCAUUACUACAAUAGUCAAUGGCUCUGAUUUGGUGCCUGCAUUCUCAGCUGCUUCUGUGGAUGAUCUUCGUUCAGAGGUAACAGCAUCGUCUUGGUUAAACGAUCUCCGUGAUCAAGUUGAGCACCACAGAGUUUUGAACGUAAUAUAUCGCUCAGCCACUGCUCUUGGGUCUCAUCUACCAUCUAUAGCGAAUGCUAAAGCAAGGGUGGUUGGUGCAGGUGCCUUUCUAAGGCCUGUUUCUAGCAGCACUCAGGUUGUAAUGAAGCGUGCACAAGAUGUAGCCCAAGCAGUUGUUAGGACCCGCUCUUCUAUAUCGUUAUGGACAUGUAUGGGCCCCCGGCGCCGAGCUGUGGCCCAUUCAUCGAACUCUAAAGCAGAUGAUUUGACUGAGGCUUCUCUUCUUACUGAGGAAACAUCUGAAUCUCUUGUAAGCGAAGUAAUCGCAACUGAAUCCAGGCAAUAUGAAACUGAUGAAGAGGAAGAUCUCAUUAAGGGGGAUGAACUUGCUGCUGCAUCGACCCUUGAGGAAAUCACCACCGAGGGUGAGUUGUGGUAUGAACUCGAGAAGGAGCUCCAAAGGCAAGAGGAUGUGGCCGAUAUCCAGAUCCAGGAUGAAGAAGAGGCUGCCAUAAAGGAAAUAACUGAAGAGGAGAAGGUAUUGACCAGUACAGUCGAAAGCCAAAGGCCAAUAUUUUCAUCAGAUGUUUCAGAUAAUCACCGUUUUUAUCCUCCUGGUAGCAUAAUGCACAUCGUAUCUGUACAUUCCCCCGAGGCAAGCGAAACAGGUCAAGAUGUGCCGGCAGAAGAACAAGUUUGUCUGUAUCAGACGCCGAGAGAAUUGUACAGUAAGCUCCGGUUUUCGAAGACAAUGAUAAAUGAUCAUUAUAUGCCUAUGUACAAGAAAAUGAUGGAACUGCUAAUUGAACAACUUGAAAAUGAUUUAGAUUCUAGUUAUGUGGUAGCAUGAUUGGCAAAUACAAAUUAUUCUUCCUCGUUACACGAUGAAAGGGAUUCCCUAGUGUAUUCUAGUUUGAAA